AACUAUGUUUGGUGAGAGACCCAUAGAGCCACCAGCUCCCCUUUUUUUACCUAGCACGAGAAUGCUUAGAGUCCUGGAUCUACAUGGUGCACAUUUCGGAAUCACAAAGAAAGAUAUCAAGGACAUAGGAUUGUUCCGCCACUUGAAGUAUUUGAAUAUUGGAAGUGCUAAAGCAUAUUCAAAUGUUUAUAGAAUUCCAAGAUCUAUAGGAAAAUUAAAAGGUUUACAGACUUUGGAGAUAAGAAUGACAGAUAUAUCAACAAUACCAAAUGAGAUUUGUAACCUUCAGAGUCUCCGUAGCAUCCGGUGUAAGAAAACACAUUGGUCCUAUCUUGGUCUUCAGCCCUCUAUGGGGUGCUUGAUGGACAUGAUGUAUCAUCAGAUGAUUACUCGUAAUUCUCAUGAAAAAGCUUUGAAGUCACGCAUGCCUUGCUUUAGGCAUUGGUCAAUAUACAAAGGUGUAAGUGUGCCGAGAGGGAUUAGCAAGUUACAAGAGUUACAAACACUAGAGGUUGUGGACAUCAAACGGAGUGAUGCCAAUGCAAUUAAAGAGCUUGGUGAGCUUGUGCAGCUAAAAAAACUUGGGGUGGUAACGAAAGAGGCCACCGAGCAGAAAUGCAAGUUACUUUGUGCAGCUAUCGAGAAGCUCACUUCCCUGUACUCUCUUAAUGUGGAUGCGGACUAUCAUGGCUCUCUGGAGUGGCUGCAUUCUGUUUCUUCUCCUCCCCUACCCAUGAGGAGUCUCAAGCUGGUUGGGCGUCUUGGAGAAAUGCCAGACUGGAUUGGAAGUUUGACACAUUUAGUGAAGAUUUAUCUAGGGCAUAGCGAGCUGAAAGGUGAUAAAACCAUGGAACUACUAGGCACACUGCCCAAACUUAUGCUCCUUGGUCUUCGUCAGAAUGCAUAUGUUGGGAAGAGUCUAGUCUUUGGAGCAAGAGCAUUCCCAAAUCUCAGGGAACUAGAUAUUUUUUACCCGGAUCGAGUGAGAGAGGUGAUAUUCGAAGAGGACACCUCGUACCAGUUGGCAAAGAUACAAUUCCGUGGCGGCCGAUGUGUGGAAUUUAUUGGCAUCAAACAUCUCCCAAGGGUCAAGGAGAUUUCACUUGGUUUGGGGGCUAGAGUGGCGAAGCUUGGUGACCUGCAAGGGGAAGUGGAGGCACACCCCAACCAUCCCGUGCUGCGACUAGUGGAGGACUGGAGCAUGCAUAACAUCGACCCCUCUGAACAUGAAGCGCUGGAGGAAGAAUUGGCUAAUUUUCGGAGGCAGCAUCAGCAGGAGAGAUCCACUAAUAAUCGCAAGUGGUGGCCAUGGCGACAACGAGCGCAAUCAGUUUUUAUUUUCCACCACAUCCAAGGCUCCAAUGUAGAAGAUGAUGGAGAUGAUUUCUUCUCUUGCACUUCUCAUGACGAAGAUGCUUGCUGAAGAUACAACUCAUGGUGCAUUGCCUUAUAUAUUGGUUCAGAAACUACACCUAUUGUUGAAGGCAACUGACAAGGAUCCAAACGGGCGAAGCUUGGAGAAAAUGCCAUAGACUACCCCACAUAAGAUGCUACUACGUACUACAAAACUGCGUAUGUUGUUAUGCUGCACUUGGACAUCACGUUCAACUUCCUUACAAGUUUCAGGUUGAUUAUCUCCUCUCUGACGUUAUACAGGUACCACUCAAAUCUUGUUUUACUUGGGGGAUGAUUGGUACCGACGAGAGAUGGAACGGUCCUUAGAUUCCAGUUCAGUGUUGUGGUGUUACUUGUUAGGUGCAUUGCUAUUUCACCCGCAAAAAAAGCGGAGAAGAUGUGGCUAUACAAUACACUAUACUAUACAAGAUGCUACUGCUAAGCUGCAUAUAUUGUUAUUCUGCAAUUGGUCAUCAGGUUGAACCUUGCAAGUUUGCUGCUAGUUACCUCCUGAUGUUUUUACGGUCCAAAUGGAAGAGGAGUGACACAUAUCUUGUGGGUAUCGGUGGAACAGAGGCGAGCAAGAUCUCUGAUCGAAAGUACAAGUGGCAACAACUGACCCAAAUAAUUGUAAAUUGUUUGGAAAAGAUCAUGGAACGGAUGAUCAAUCUGAUGAGAAGACCUGCAAUCGUGAAUACAGAGUACUUGCUUUCUUUACUAGCUAGAGUAUUUAAGUACCCGCAACCUGUAUUGGUGGUACACCAUCGUGCAAACCUAAAGCUAUAUUGUAUUGCUAAUUGGGGUGUAAAUUAUUUGCUGUACAUCAUCGUUAGUGUGUUGUGAGAACACCGCCGGGCAAGCCUUCGUAGUUCUUUUGCUGUAUGGCUGCUGUAUAAUUUGUUAUGAGAAACCUAUGUUAUGGAAUCGCCUGUAGCCUUU